AUGAUGGAUCAGCAUUCCAAGCCGGCGCUCCCGGCUGCCAGCCCCAACGCACGCAACAGCCCCUUUGCCUACCAGUCCAAGUACCUCGAGCGCUCCGCAUCGCGCAGCAGCACCUUUUCGCUCGCCUCGCCCAUCGACAGUACACAGCGCAUCCCAGCCGCAACGCCGCUCCAGCACUCUGGAUCAGUCCGUCGCUUCCCCGCCCCUCACCGUCACACCGCUUCGCUCGAUCCGCAGCGCGCAGCAGAACUACGCGCAGCAGCAGCGGCGGCCGCAAGCGCAUCGCCCACCACCGCAUCCUCCGCACACUUUGGCUCCAACGGCAGCAUCUCCAGCUCCGGCUCCAAUCCUUCUUCCCUCGCAACGACCACUUCGCCAGCAUCCGCCGCCACCUUCAGCAAGGCCACCUUCCCAGCCGCAUCGCGCGCCGCCACUGGUCGUCCCGUCUCCAUGCCUCCCGCACCGCGCGACAACCUCUUCAACUCGGCCACCGUCGGUCGCGCUGCCCGUCCUUACUCGCCCACAAAGGAUCCCUACGAUCGCGCCGUCUCCCCGACCAAAGAGCGCAGCCGCGACUCGCCCCUCUCGUCGCCCAAGAAGGACGACGCCUCCUGGAUCAACUCGCCCUCCACUCCCACACAAGGCAGCUUCUGGAGCCACGGCGCACUCGGCACCAGCGGUAGCGCCGCUCCCCACGCUCCCUCCCAGCUCCACCUCGGAGGCGUCAAGGACCUCAAGCGCUCCAGCGUCGGCGCUCUCAAGAUGAUCAAGAACUUCACCCAAAAGACCGACGACCUCUCCGCCCUCGGCGACCAGCACGGACACACCCGCAUGACUGUAGGCCGCGCAAGGGGCCAGCGAACCCACAGCAUCGACGCCAAUGCCUCGCCACUCGCAAACUCGCUCAACUCGCUCAACCUCGAGCCUACCAUCGACGAGGGCUGGCACAAACCCGGUCGCCCCGGUCGCAUGGAGAGCGAGGACCAGGAGGGCGAAAUCGUCCUCCCCGGCAUCACCACCGGCGCAGAAGACGUCGCCGGCCUCCACGGUCGCAUCCGUCUCGCGCGCGCAGACGGUCCCGGCACCAUGGCGCUCGGCCGCCCCUCGGCCACCACCUCCACCCUCCCCCUCACCAGCUCGAGCAAGUGGAUGGACACCCAGCGCCACCUCCUCCAGGCCUACGAGUACCUCUGCCACUGCGGCGAGGCCAAGGAAUGGAUGGAGCUCCACGUCGGCGAAGACCUCGGCCACGUCGUCGAAAUGGAAAACGAAAUGCGCGACGGCAUCUUCCUCGCCAAGCUCGCAAAGACCUUUGAGCCCAACUGCGUCCCGCGCAUCUUUGUCCACCCCAAGCUCCAGUACCGCCACACGGACAACAUCAACUACUUUUUCAGCUUCAUCAACCAAGUUGGCCUCCCGCACUUUUUCCAGUUCGAGCUCACCGACCUCUACGAAAAGAAAAACUUCCCCAAGGUCGUCUACUGCAUCCACGCACUCAGCCACGUCCUCGCUCGCCAGGGCAGGGCGCUCAAGGUCGGCAAUCUCAUCGGCAAGCUCGAAUUCACAGACGACCAGCUCCAAAAGACUCAGAAGGGCCUCGACGCCUCGGGCGUCGCCAUGCCCUCCUUUGGCGCCGUCGGCAAGGCGCUCGCAAAGGAGAUGAACAUCGAGCCCGAACCAGAGCCAGAGUCCGAGCAGGAACGCAUCGAUCGCAAGCUCAGAGAGAACAUCGAUUCGGUCUUGGCGCUCCAGACCGCAGCGCGCGCCUUUGUCGCUCGUAUGCGCUUUGCAGAUCGCGUCCAGGCCGAGAUCCUUCGCCGCAAGGAAGAGGAAGCCAGGGCCGCUGCCGCUGCGGCCGCCGAGGCGGAGCGCCAACGCCGCGCCGAGGAGGAUCGCAUCGUCUCGCGCUGGGCACCCAUGCUUCAGGCACAGGUGCGCGGCUUGCUCGCCCGUCGUCAGUACCACCGCAAGCACGCCGCACUACACACCAGCACGCGCACCUUUGUCGGCCUCCAGGCAGCCGUGCGCGCCAAGCUCGCGCGCCAGACCCACGUCGAGCGCGUCAAGCGCGUGCAUGGUGCCAACAAUGCGCGCGCCAUCGAGCACUUCCAGGCGUGCGCACGUGGCGCGCUCUACCGACGCCACUUCUUUGCCAGCAUCAAGGCGCUCGACAAGCACGAGACCGGCGUCGUCGGUCUGCAGGCGCACGUCCGCGGCCGCCUCGCACGUCGCGCGUACGAAGACCUCAUCUACCGCCUCGCCGACUCCACCGAAGACGUCAUCAAGCUCCAGGCCGCAUGUCGCUCGGCGCUCGCCCAACAGAAGCUGCUCGCCACCAUCCAGGGUCUGCGCCGCUCCAACCACGCCAUCACACAGGUGCAGGCGCAGAUCCGCGGCGUGCUCGCACGCAAGGACCACGUCCGCAUGCGUUCCGCACUCCAAAAGGUCGAGGUCAAGGCGGCCGUCGGCGGGCUCCAGUCGUUUGCGCGCGCCGCCCUCGCGCGUCGCAAGCACCAGGAGCAGAAGAAGCAGCUCGACUUUGUCACCCCGGACGUCGUCGGCAUCCAGGCCGCCAUCCGCGGCAUGAUCGCACGCCAGGACUACGUCUGGUGGCGCAACCACCUCGUCCAGAGCGAGCCCGUCGCCGUCCACCUCCAGUCGCUCAUCCGCGGCACGCUCGGCCGCCGCCAAUUCUUUGCGCGCCUCCGCCACUACCACGACCACAUGGACAAGGUCGUCAAGAUCCAGAGCCUCUUCCGCGGCCGCCAGCAGGGCGAGCAGUACCGCUCGCUCACCAUGGGCAAGAACGUGCCCGUCGCCACCAUCAAGAACUUUGGCCACCUCCUCAACGACUCGGACGCCGACUUUGAAGACGAGAUCGAGGUCGAGCGGCUGCGCAAGCUCGUCGUCCAGGCCAUCCGCGAGUCGCGCACGCUCGAGUCGGACGUCUCGGAGCUCGACACCAAGAUCGCACUGCUCGUCAAGAACAAGAUCGGCAUCGAGGAAUUGAUAAAGGCCAAGAACGAACGCGGCCUGCUCGGCCAGCGCGAUGCGGCGGCGGCGGUGCAAAAGCGCAACUCGGUGCUCGUGGCUGCCAACGACCCCUUUGCCGACCAUGCGCUCGACCGCGCCUCGCGACGCAAGUUUGAGCUGUACCAGGAGCUCUUCUAUGCGCUCCAGACGCGGCCCGAGUACCUCGCGCGCCUGUUUGCGCGCGUCGGCAAGAUCGACAUGGCGGACCGCGACAAGCGCCAAGUCGAAAAGAUCGUGCUCACGCUGUUCGGAUACGCGCAGAAGGCACGCGAGGAGUUCCUGCUGCUCAAGCUCUUCCAGCGCUGCAUCGACGAGGAGCUCAGCCUGGUCUCGACCGUGCAGGACUUUAUCCGCGGCAAUGCGCAAUUCAUCAAGCUCGUGGCGCAGUAUAAUCGCGGCACGCGCGAGCGCAAGUAUCUGCAGGACGUGCUGUCGCCGCUGGUGCACGACAUUAUGCAGCAGGACGGCCUGGAUCUCGAGACGGACCCGUGCGCGAUCUACCGCGCGACGAUCAACCAGGAGGAGAUGGAGACGGGCCAGCCGUCGCGCCGGCCGCUCGAGGUGGCGUUCAACGAUGCGCUCGCCGACCCCAUGGCGCGCACCAUCUUUAUUCGUCACUUGCAGUCGCUGCGUGCCACCACCGAGGCGUUCCUCUCGGCGAUCGUCGCGUCGACGCGCAAGAUGCCGUAUGGCGUGCGCUACAUUGCGCGCGAGGUGUUCCGUGCGCUGCAGGCCAAGUUCCCCGCCGAGCCCGAGGAGGCGCUGAUCAAGGUCGUCGGCCACCUGGUGUACUACCGCUACCUCAACCCGGCCAUUGUGGCGCCCGAGGGCUACGACGUGGUCGACACGAUCGUCGGGCCGGUGCAGCGCAAGAAUCUGGCCGAGGUGUCCAAGAUGCUCACGCAGAUCGCCGUGGGGCGGCUGUUUUCGGACGACAAUCCGUACCUGCAGCCGCUGAACGAGUACGUCUCGCAUGCGGCCGAGCGGUUUACAAAGUGGCUGCAUGCGGUCAUCGACUGUGCCGACGCCGAGAUGCAGUUUAGCGCCGACGAGUUCCUCGACCAUACCGUGCAGCAGAAGCCGGUGAUCUACAUUUCGCCCAACGAGAUCUACUCGAUGCACGUGCUGCUCACGCAGCAGCUGGAGCAUCUGGCGCCGCAUGCGGACGAUCCGCUGCGCGUCAUCCUCGGCGAGCUGGGUGCGGCGCCCGUGUCGAAUACGCAGGAGCUCAACUCGGCGCGCGAUAGCGAGAUCACCUUUGAGCUCGUCUCGCGCAUGGCGACAUUGCAAGACCCGGAGGCGGAGACGAAAGCUCUGUUUGUCGAGACCAAGCGCUUGGUGUUGUCGCUGCUCAAGGUGCAGUCGGGCAAGACGCUGGUGGAUGUCUUUGUCGCACCCGUGACGGAUAAGGAGGAGCUGCAGUGGGAGGAGAUUGUCUCGCUCGAGGUCGCCGCUGAGCGACAGCGGCAGCGCGGGCAGCGACCUCCUGGCAUUCCGCUGUACGGAGGUGCGGCAGGGGGGAGGUUGGAGGAUGUGCGCCGGUUGAGUUUCGCCGAGCUCAAGGCGCGCACGCUCGAAAACAUGCUUCAGCUCGAGCAGCUCGGCAAAGUGUCUCGGGCGAACAAGUACCAAGACAUGCUGAACGCCAUUGCGAUUGACAUUCGGAACAAGCACCGAAAGCGGAUCCAGCGGUAUAACGAGAAGCAAGCCAUGCAUGCGACGCUCAAGACGCUGGGGGAGAAGAAGUCGUACCUGGAAGAGCAGAUCCACUCGUACCACAGCUACAUCGACGCAUCGAUGCAGACGAUGCAGGGCAGAAAGGGGAAGAAGAGGUUUGUGCUGCCGUUUUCACAGCAGUACUUCCACCUGCGCAGUCUCAAGCAGAACGGUGGCAAGGUGCCCAAGUUCGGCUCGUACAAGUACUCGGCUGCGAAGCUGCUCGAAAAGGGCGUGCUUGUUUCCAUCGAUGGCGUCGCGAAGACCCCCGCCACGGAUGCAGCAGCGGGCGGUGGGGGGGAGGUUAGUUUGACGAUUUCGUCGGAUCAGGCGGGGGUGUUUACCAUCGAUGUUGUCAAUGGCCCACACGCGGGGGUGGCCUCGGAUUUGAGGAUCGAAGACCUGCUAGAGGCGCAGUUCAACAACGCCACGAGUCUGGCGGUGCUGGAUGGGACGGCGCAAGUCAACGUCAACCUGCUCGUCCACCUCAUCAACAAGAAGUUCUAUGCCUAG